GACCGCCUGACCGGUUACAUAAAGGCAAUCAAGCAGCUAGAGAUCGACGAAACUCAUGUCACAACAGACGCCUCAGGCAGAUGGCGCAUUCAGGCCGAAGAUUUCAUCAGACAGUUCCCUCAUCUGAACUUUAUUCGACUUCACUGUCUAGACACAGACGAUCGGGAUUGUGCGUGGCUCUACAACCGAAUGGAAGUGGAGGAAGUCCACCACAUGGAGGACAGAUCCUUGACGAUCUCAUUCGCACCCAGUAGGGACCAUUCAUCGGACUGGGAGGUCCCCAUGAUCACUGUUGAUGGAUCCAAAUCAUUUGGCCCGAGAGCUUGGGAUUUCGAAAAUUUCUUCGAGGUGGAAGAGUCGAUCAUUCUUUCUUCGGAUAUGAUUGAAGCUUUCGUCGAAGCGAGGGCCCUACCCGUUGGGCAGAGCGCGUGUUUCGAAAGGCUAGAACAGCUGGACCUAGGUCUGCGGUCCUGCUCGUACAGGGAGCUUUUAACCAUAUUGAAUGUGGCCAAGAACCUUCGGUCGAUUGGCAUCGUUAUGCGCGCAAGCUCUGAUACGAGCAAAAACAGCCAUUUACAAAGACUCGAGAAAUUGCUGGCGGAAGGGAAGAUGAAGCUGGACAACGUCUUGAUCGGGGGGUGUAAACUCAGAUGGAUACCAUACUUCCACGACUGUGUCAACCAGAGAUUGUACGAUAUCUCCGACUUCGCGACACACGGGGAAAAACGCCGAUGCCGCCUUGCGGCUAGCGAUACCGCGAAUGCGAAGACCAUUCGAACACAGUGCUUGGCGUUAGGCCUCAAUCAGGACAUUAUGAGCGAAGAGAUGAAGAAGAUAGCCCAGUUCAUCGUCGAAAAUACUGCAAGGUGGACUCGAGUUGAAAUUACGCCGUAUCACCAUGAAUACAAGCUCAGUCGUCAUACCAUUUGGCUCGACGAACUGAGGAGCGAAGUUGCUGCAACGAGAUCUGUCGUCCCCAGCCGAUCCGUGUUAUUGAAGCCGGACUCCAUAUCCUGCGACCAUGAUGCCGAUACCGAAGAGGAGGACGAGACGUGA